CACCCAAACCGCCUUCGCUGAAGAAACAGGCUGCACCGCAAUCUGCAACCUGCAAACGGUCCGAGAGGAGAGAGGCAUUCCACAUCCCGGGACCUGACAUUACAUGAUGUUGACAUCGUUUCGUUCGUUGAAAACCACAAUAUAGGCCUAGGCCUAAUUAUUACAAGAUCCGUUGCAUGCGGGGCUUAUGAGGGGAACAAAGCAUCCAUUCCUAGGAUCUAGGGCUCGUGGGUUUGUGCGCGUGGUGAUGAAAAUGAUGGAAAAACGGAAGCAAGAGCUUUGUCCCGGGAGUCCCGACGUGGCGUCCAGUCCUCGAGAGAAGGAGGACUCCAUCACCAGACUCAAUGGAUGCAAAGCUGACGAAGACUCGAGGGAGGCGGGGGACUUCACCGGAGAGGGGGUUAAGGAGACAGAUGAUGACGUCCCUCUGCAGAACUCGAGCAACGGGACCAUCAUCAUCAUCAACGGCGUUGCCAAGGAAACUGCCUCUCACGACGCCCUUGACCUGAAAAGGGAAGUGCCAGUGAUCGAGCUCUCGAGGAGAGACGCUAUAAAAGCGCUAGAGCAGAGGACGGAGAGCCAUUUGGUGCCGAGCACGGAACUUCGCAGACCUCCCGUGCAGUUUCCGCUACCGCGACGAGACGACGCUCGAAUGGUGCAGCUGAGCCCCAACGCGUUCCCACUGCCGGCGCGAGCGAUGCUCUACAACCUGGCGCAACCUCUCGCCGCCAUCAACAGUCUCGGAGGGGAGUCUGACCAGUACGGCAUGUACCCCAGCAACAGGGUAAAGCGCAGACCAGCGCCUUACGAUGUUGAGAUCGACGAGGGUAGGCGCAUUUUAGAUCUUUAUAAGUAUGCCGGCCAGCCCAAGAUCGUGCGCCGCAUCUUCACCAACAGCCGCGAGCGCUGGCGCCAGCAGAACGUCAACGGGGCGUUCGCCGAGCUCCGCAAGCUCAUCCCCACGCACCCGCCGGACAAGAAGCUCAGCAAGAACGAGAUCCUGCGGCUGGCCAUGAAGUACAUCAGCUUCCUGUCCAACCUGCUGGAGGACCAGGACGGAGGGCGGAACCCGGGCGACGGCGACACGGGGCUAAUGGUGGGGCCCCGCGACGGGUGCCCCAUGCAGGGCCCGGAUGGCACGGUGGGGGGCCUGAGCCGGGAGGACCUCCUGGACACCAUGUCGCCCGGCUCCAGCUGCGGGAGCCUGCCCGACGGGGACGGGGAGGGCAGCCCCGAGAGCUUCACCGAGGACCAGGAUUCACCGCCGGCGGCCCCCAGGACUUUAGGUUCCACGCGAGGGCCCCCUCUGCACAUGUCCACCCGGGAGCUCCGGCGCAAUGGACGGCCCUUGGACGGAUCCGGGCGGCGAUGAUGGCGGCCCGCCGGCGAAUGCAGACGGCGGACCAGACGCCCCUGAGAGGGGGAGGGGACGGCCGUGAGCGAGGAAAAAGAUGGCUGUCCGACUGGCGUCCGGUCUAGCGGCGCUGGGUGGGGGGGUUCAAGGUGCUGCGCUGAACGUAGGAGCGUUGACCUCGGACACGUUUGAAGAACCCUCAGGCCUUCAAGGUAGAUUAGCAUCGGCCGCGGCGUGGAUAUUUUGCUCAACUUAAAGACUUGUAAAUUCUGCAUGUCAUGCGUCUUUGACCGACCUGCGGAUCAGAACACAUCCGGCGCUCGUAUGUCAUCGAAGUGGAAUUACUGGCUGAUGGCUGUAACUAAAGUAUAUACAAAAGAGAAAGAAAACAAAGUAGGACGACGCAGAUCAUUCACAACCUAUUAUUUUGUGGUUCGUUGUCCCGUGUUGACUAAAGAUUGAGGGCCGCUGAAGCGAUUGGGACGGAAAGAAUUCGGGUUCCGUCCAGAAUCUCACCAUUUUAAUUUACGUGUUUUCGAUUUUGCUUCAAUUAAAAUGGUUCCAGAAACACCUAACGCUAAAUAUAAAUCACGCCAGCACACACGAACAAGCAAACAAAAAUAUAAUAAUAUAAUCCUUGACAGAAAAAAGAAAUAGGACAUGAUUAUGAAUAGCUAGACUCAAUUGCAACUCUUCAGGUAUGAAUUGUAAAUAGCAUUACAUUCCCAUUCUACAAUGUAUAGACAAGAUGUGUACACGAGACCGCAUUCAUUUGCGUCCGGGUUUUUCCCGAAUUGUCUCCUAAGGUAAGGGAAUGCAGAUUGGGAGCGCUCAAAUUGUUCACCAGGCAAUAAGAUUUAUACAUCAAAGUGGUACCAUAAUUGUUUGCCUGUUAGACUUUGGUGAUGAAAUAAUCCUACCACAUUUGGCAACAGAAAGCCAAACACGAUUUCACAGCCUGAAGACAAAUCGUACAAUUUCUAUUGGCUGUGGAGGUACAAGGCCGUGUUUCUUAAAGUGUACAAUAUAUGGGUCAUAGGAACUCAAUAAGUGACUAAGGCCGUCCUUUUUAUAUGAAUGUCUAUGUUUGAGUGUGUUUUUUUUUUUUUAAUUAAAACUAUAAUACCGUUGUAGUUUAGAAAGGUACACAGAAAAAAUACCCCAUCUAGCAGACACAUAUACAGAGGCACAGACACAUACGCAUUGGCACACGCACACAAACACACACACGGGCGCGCGCACACACACACACACACACAAGCACACACACACAUACACAAACACACACACAUGGACACACAGUGUGUGUUAGAUCAAACGACACCAGCAGUCUUCUGCCAAAAGAGACAGUUGGGUAUUGCUCCCUUUUCGUCCGUUCUUCUGCCUUUUCAGCAGAGAUUAGUAGCCUAUACUGGUACCUUUGGUCACUAUGGUAUUUUAUGAAAGGGACAUUAUGUUUGGUAAUGGAAUAAUUGUUGUAUGAUAAAUGUAACUAUAAAUAUAUCCAAUGUUAAGUGAAUGAAUUUUAUAUUAAAAAACAUCCAAAUAAAUCAGCCAGAGGAAAUGCCUUUGUGAUCUCUUUCCAGUAUUGUUUGCAUUGUGCAUGUUUCCUGCUAAGAGUAUUUAUAAUUAAACAGUUUUAUAAUUAAACUUUC